AUGACCGACGCGCGCCAGUACGGCGAGCUCGCCACCCAGCUGCUCAUGGAAUCUCGAAGAUCGACACAGACUGACACACUACUCAAGUACAACGACUCACUUGUCAGAUCAAUCAUCCGGGAGCAGCGCGACAUGGAAAAGGCCAUCGACGCGCUGGCUAUCGAAGGCGCGUCGCCCCCACCAGGAAUGCUGAUCAUCCAGACAGCCAUCAACAGAAAUAAGCGCUGUCUUCUCGCGUACCACUCGCAUCGCGUCGAUCGGCUCCGCGAUAUGUACUGGGCAGUCGGUGGUGCACUCCCACAUAUCCUGUCGAAUCAGGACAUCCGAAGCAAGCUUUCACCACACGAAGUCGAUUAUCUGCGACAAUACAACGCCUCUGUCAUGGAAUUUAGAUCCGAAUUCUCGCACGAACUAGAUAUCACUGCAGGAAUCACCAACCCGCCGAAAGACCUCCAUGUUAUGGUUCGCGUCAUUCGGGAUUGUGGAGUCAUACAGACGGAAUUGGGAAGCAUCGACUUUCAGAAGGGCCAGAGAUUCAUGGUACGACGCGCCGAUAUCGAGCAUCUCAUCGUUCAAGGCUAUCUGGAGGAGUCCGUCGAAGUCAAACAACGACUCAGCCGGAUCGACGCGUCGAAGUUGGACCUUCCACCGUACCACGCCGUCCGGACGGUCAUGCACAGUGGGCGUGUUCGCGUAUUGUACACCAACACAUACCGCCGACUCCCUGCUAGAUCAGUCGCUUUCUACAGACCUACUGCGCCGUCUGCAAGGGCUGGUCCAGCAGCAUCGCGCUGUUAUCAACAACACGCAAAUCCGACGAUCGACCUUCGUGCCCACCCUGCCGCCUUGUCCUCCCAGACCCUUUCAGAUCUUGGACUUCGCUCCCAGCUUCCUCCCGACUCACUACCUGACCCGAAUCAAGAUACCCCUCCCGAAGUUCCCGACCAAGAAUGGGAAAUUCGAACAGGACGCGCAAUAUACAUCAUUCGAGAAACUCUACCCGAAUUCUUCAAUACGGGCCUUGUCACCUCUAUCAACAAAAUGACCGGAGCUCCACGAACACCAUCCACUGUCUCUACUUUUACGCCAGCUGCCGCUACCAACUUCCUUGAACAUUUCGUCCUCAAAGAUGACGAAGAACCACUGUAUAGCCCUAAUGUCAGGCUUGCAUACACACCGCCUGUUGCACUCCCUCCACCCUUUCCAAAGACGCUGCAUGUUGAAGGCAUUCAACUUUAUCUCGCGUCCUCCAACAUCAUCAGACACACAAUGAACGCUCUGUACUCAGAUCUGGCGGUGCAGAUAUCGAAACUUGUCGUCAAUACACCGACGUCAUCGUCUCCGCCUUCCGAUUCAUCCAAAAAGCGCCGGAUCAGUCGCGAAAAGAAUUUUGUCAUCCGACAACAUGUCACUGGCAUCGCGCGGGUGAGUGGGAAGCAGGGCGAAUGGGAAAUCGAGUCGACGUACACAUUCUCGCCUGCUACGGGUCUCAUGCAUCAGCACAUCGUGAACUCGAUACACCCCGCUCCGCAUCAAGCUGUGUAUGACUCUCUUCGAUCGGGCUUCGGGAAGAUGUUAGGCCUCGGGUGGGGAACGGGAACGGGAACAGGUGCUGCAAAUGGAGCUACGUGCAAGGGCAAGCCUCCGCAAGCCAAAGAAACGUGA